CUUAGCCUCGUGUGCCAGAGAAAUUUUGAUAAAAGUGCUUUUAGUGCUUAAAAAAUUAUAACCAAUAAAAGGCCGGUGAAUGAAGUUUCCGGUGAUCCUCAUUGCAGCCGCAAUGGCCGUUGGCGCCUCGCGGCCGCCACAAAUGUUAAAUCCGCGAUAUUACGAUUCAUCACCUUAUGUUGAAACACCUCCAUCAUCUAUACGAUCGUCCUUACGUAGUCCUUCGUACUUAAGCCACGAGCCUUUUCUGAGAAAUUCUGAGUCUAUAAGUAUCAAAGAUGAUAUCCCAAGCGAUGGCCCACCUUAUGACUAUCGGGAGGAACGGAACUUCUUUGACUUCCCACCACCCGCGUCCUCGUACUUAUCAUCCCAUAAACCGCCUUCAUUUUAUCAAGAUAGAUUAUCGAGUUUCCGAGAGGACAAAUUCAACGCUCAAGAUUACAAAGGUCCUCCACCGCCAGUACCUAAACAAGAAAUUCUAAAACAAAUGCACUAUAUGCAAAAUGACCGAUUAAACAAUUCUUCUAAAAUGCAGGUAAUGAAAUUUCAAAAGGAGCAGGCUAGUUCACAGUCCACAACGACAGAACAUAAUCAGCCACUCUUAUCAAAUCAACGUGCAAAUAUUAAUCAUGGAACUCGUGGGUUAGGUUUCGCUUCAGUCAUUGGUGUUACCUCGUCGGAUAUUAAUCCAGUGGCUCUGGCAGAUAGCUCGUCUACGACAAAAGCAGCCACAGCAAUGCACUCGACACUGUCAUUGCAUUCACCUUCAACGAAUGAAGUUCACGUCUCACUGCAGGAUCAUGAGGAAAAGCAUCAUGCGGUAACGAAUGCAUUGAGUACAGAAAUUUUAACGGCAGGUGCAGCAUCCACGCCGUUGCCAAAGAAUCCUAUUGAGUCUCCAUACACGCAGACAUCGACAAAUAUAGGAGUGACAUUGAACGAUAUAGCAUCGACGACUCCAGCAGCAAUUACGAAAAUGACAUCACUAAAACCUGACUCGAAUCUGGAUCCUUUUCAAAAUCCAUCUAGUCAACCACUCGAUAGUACUAUGAUCUUUCACGAACCUCCAAAAGUAUCUUCUGAUUUUAGGACAGCGUCGCAAGAAUUCCCGAUGGCAACCCACGAAAAACAAUCAAUCGAGUCUCCAAGACAAAAUAUACACGUACCUCAUGUCAAACAAAAUUUCUUUCUAUCCGAGACAAAGAGUAAUAUUCCCUUUCAGCCAUCUCAUCUUCAGAUUCACGAGAAACAUCAUAACAACGACUAUGUCGCGCCGCUGAGAUUUAGCAUACCAACCGCUUCUACACCCACAUCUCUGUCAAUCUCUACCACACCCAUGAAGCUCGUAUAUCAAAGUCUAGACUUCUCGCGCUCGGCAAUUCCGCUCAUAGCAGGUUCUCAUUCGCAAGCUUAUACUCCUCAGCAAAAUCAAGUAGAUGUAACGCAAUUCGAAAAAUUAAAUUCCGCCAAUAAUUUAGAUUCGAAUGCAAAUACGUACGCUCCCCAACAUAGUCAAUUAGAUUUAACAAACUUUGGAAAAUUGAAGCCUGGAAAUAAUUUAGGUAGAUAA